AUGGACCCUAAAACUUUAGUAAAAAGGCGUGCAACAUUUAAGGCUCAGCUUACUCUUUUUAAAAAUUAUUUAGAUUCAUUUAAAAACUCAGACACGAUAACAUCGCUUUUAAUUAACGAGCUCAACAUUCGCCUUACUAAAAUAGAAGAACUUUAUUCAGAAUAUGAUGAUGUUCAAUCUAACCUUGAAAAUGUAUCUGAAAUUCCAGAGGACCAAUUCACAGGACGUGAGAAUUUUGAGUCCCAGUACUUCCAGAGCAUCGCGCUUGCCCGAGAGUUGUUGGCGCGGCACGAACAGCCCGGCGCCACCGGUUCCGGUUCGAUGUCAGUUUCUAGUACUGUGCAUGGAGGUGGGCCAAAACUUAAAUUACCUACUAUACCUAUACCUACCUUUUCGGGUCAAAAUCAUGACUGGCUUGAAUUUCGUGAUACAUUUAUUUCUUUUGUGCACAAUGAUAACUCCAUUCCUAAAAUACAUAAAUUUCAUUAUCUGCGCGCGACUUUAAAAGACAGUGCAGCAUUAGUCAUACGCUCGCUCGACUUCUCAGCUGCUAAUUAUGACGUAGCAUGGGAUCUUUUGUGUGAUCAAUAUAAUAACACACGACUUCUUGUUACAAAUCAUAUUCAAUCGAUUUUUAAUAUUGAAUCAAUAGCUAAAGAGUCUUCUAAAGCGUUACGUAACAUUAUUGACAUCGUAAAUAAAAAUCUUAGAGCUUUGAAAACUUUGAAAUUGCCUACUGAACACUGGGACGCACUAAUCGUGUAUAUUAUUUCUACGAAGUUAGACUCUGUAACAAGCCAUGAAUGGGAAACUUACCGUAACACGCUGAAGGAUUUGCCGACACUUAAGAAUAUGAUUACUUUCCUAAACAAUCAAGCUGAUCUGUUGGAGACCAUGGAGGACACUCACACGAAACGUAGACACAGUGACGUCACUUAUAAUAAUCGUCAAAAAUCAUUAGUAGUGACCUCCAACCCCUACUCCUCACAUAUAAAUAAACCGUAUGUUUGUCCGUUAUGUAAACAUAAUCACGCUAUAUAUCGUUGUUUAAAGUUUAGGUCUUUUUCGUUAGAGAACCGAAUGUCAAAAGCGAAAUCUCUUAAAUUGUGCUUGAACUGCCUACGUCAAGGUCAUACCAGAAAUACCUGUAAAAAAGGGCCUUGUCGAGUAUGUAAUAAGCAAAUAAACAGCUUAUUACAUACACAUAAAUCACACACACCAAGUGAAUCGAUCACUGCACAUAAUAAUAUAGUUCUUUGCUCUGCGCCGCCGUCCGCGCCGCCGCCGAAUAUAGUGCCAUCGUCGAUGUCUUCUUCAGUGCUGCAGUCGACGCCGCCGUCGCCCCACAGCCCACCUGAAACUCAAAAACGUAAUUACACUUUACAUGAUAAUGUAGCCUUGUCAGCUAUCGAUAAAAACUGUGUAUUGUUGUCAACAGCUUUGAUCGAAGCUACUGACUAUAAUGGUAAAAAACAUACUAUACGCGCAUUGUUAGAUAAUGGCAGCACGUCUAGUUUUAUUACAAAAAACUUAUGUGAUAAACUUAACUUACCAACCACUUCGAUCUCGUCAUUAGUUGAAGGAUUGAACUGUCAAACUUCAUGCUUAUCCAAACAAUGUAACGUUAUUAUGUCAUCGCUUAAUUCCACGUACAAAGAGGAAAUUAAAUGUUUUAUAGUGCCACGUAUCACACAAUUAUUACCCAUUACGCAAGUUGAUUGUAAAUCAAUAAUGAUUCCAAAGGGGAUUACUUUAGCCGAUCCCACAUACUUCUACCCAUCUCAAGUAGAUAUGCUUCUUGGGGCAGAUAUAUUCUGGAGUGUGCUUUGCUCCAAUAACAUUUCAUUAGGAAAAAACAAGCCGACGUUAAGUGAAACCAAGUUUGUCGAAAUUCAUGCCUUUAGCGACGCAUCAACGCAAGCAUAUUCAGCAUGUGUUUAUAUUAAAUCUAUCCCUGUUAAGGACCAGGCAACAAUUAACUUGUUAACUGCAAAAAGUCGAGUAGCUCCAAUAAAACCUGCAACGGUCCCGCGACUAGAAUUGUGUGGUGCGCUGCUCGCCGCAAGAGUUCAGGAAAUUCUUGACAUGUCAGAAGCGUCCAUGUGGCGCUAUGUACCAACGCAUUUGAACCCAGCUGACAUUGGGUCACGUGGUGCAGAUGCAAAGCAAUUGGCAAACUGA